UUGCCCUCAAUGGAGCAGAGGGAGAGAUAAGGGGAACGAUGUUACUGGAGUGAAAUACUGCAGAAGACUGGAAGUGGACCAGUCAGCGGGGGACAGAUGGAACGAACGGGCAUUUCUGCACUAAAGGAACAUCAAGAACACACUAGCACAUGUUCGUUAGGGAUCAGAGUUGGCCCAAAUGGCCACAAAAGAAACAAUCCACAAAAGAAAAGAAACAAAACACACGACAAACUCAGUUCAAGCUCCUCAAACACAUGGAGCAACAUAAAAAAGUCUAAACACAAAAACACACACUGAGGGGCGACAAGUACAACCUACUCGUCGCCAAGGUUGUCCAGAUCGAUGUCAUUCAUGAAUGCAUCAUCAUCAUCAGCUGGUGGAGGUGGCAGUGGAGAGUCCUCCCAGGGAGUCCUCCGACUGCUGCUCGCCCGGUACCAGCUGGAGCAGAUGCCCCUGUACCUCCUGCAUGCGCCUAGCUCGGGCCUGCUCCCUCUCGAUGCGCGCCAGGGACACCCCCUGAUGGGUCUCCAUCCUAUCAAGGCGCUCAUCAUAUGCAGCUAUCCUGGUCUGGUAAUCGGCAUGGUGAGCCGAAUACUGCUGCUGAAACUGGAGCUGAUAGUCGUAGAGCUGCUGAUUCUGGAGAUGCAGCUGCUCGAACUGCUGAGUGAAGUAGUCCUGGCUAGAGAUGGCAACGGGUCGGAUCGGGGCCGGAUAAUAGAUAUCUGAUCCCCGCCCGAACAAAGUUCGGGUAAUCCCCGUACCCGCCCGAACCACAAGAACGGAUAAUGAAUUUCAUACCAUGUCCAUCCCCGAAUGGAUAUCGGGUAAUACCCGAUCUCCGAAAAUACCCGACUUAAUUGAUAAAAACAUAUUAGUAAAGCAUAACCAUGAAA